AUGAAGGCAAGAGCUAAAAACGACACUGCACAAUCUGUUAAUCACUUUUGCGUUGACAACCUUCAGAGGAAGUAUGGUGAAUUGGCUGGUGAAAUAAUUAUCGUUGAAAUAACAGUAAAGGAGAUCCAAGAGAUCCUCUCUUCCAAUUACCGCAACUCAGCAGCUCACCAGCAAUCAACAAGCCCACUAAGUUCUCCCACAAUUCCUGUCACCUCGUUCCAGAGACCCUCUAGCAAUACAAAUUCACGCGUCCUUAAGACCCUCGGGAUAUCUCUCUGUGGAAACAAGGAUCUUAAUCAAAUGGCUGUUUUAGUCUGUGGCCUCCGACCUGGAAGUAUCGCCGAGGUGGAUGGACGUAUUACGGUAGGAGAUCAGCUGCUUGAGCUCAAUGAGCACGUCCUUUAUGGUCGGAGCCAUCUGAAUGCCGGUCCCCUAAUCCGCUCCUGCCUCCUUAGCGUCCUGCACAGACCCUCCAACAAACGCUCCAAAAUCCCUUCCUCUCUAUGCUUUGUAAUUUGUCGGAAUCCCGAAAAUCUCACCAACAUGGCUGUUGCGCCGCUCUCCUACGUUACAAGCUCCCAAAAGGUCAGCCGUCGAAACAGUCUUGACACAGCAUCUGGGGUAGAUUCGCCUACAGCAGGUACCCUGCAGGUUCAGGGUAGCCCCAUGGGUCGUUCAACGUUUGAAGAAGUUCAUGCUACUCGUCUACUACGAGGCCGUAACGGCUUUGGAUUCGCUAUAAUGGACAAAAGCUUUACCAACGAACCGGGGAUAUACAUCAAGCAGUUGGUCGAAAAUAGUCCUGCCGCCUUGGAUGGGACACUGAGAGCUGGUGAUCGGAUCCUCAGAGUCGACUGGCACGACGCUUUGCAUGCAAGCUACGACUCCGUUCUGGAGUGGUUGAGGUCCGCUCGGCAUCAAGUUCGGAUAGUGGUAUCACGGGUUCGUCUUUUCACGGGCGAGCGUCGGCCCUCGGAGGAGGAGGAGCCAUAUAAAAUGGGGUUUCGAAAACGCCUCUCCGCGCCUCUCAUUUCUUCUCUCAUUCAUGCCUUCAUGCAUCCUUCAUCUUCGACAGCCUCCUCAAAGAAAUCCUCCCUCCAAUUUGCCUCCGUGGACGAUACUGUCAGCUCCCUUGAAAGAGGACGGGUCCUAAGCGACUCCAAGUGCAAGGAAUUACACCGGCCAAUAGUUUCGGAGACUUUGGAUCUUCUUUCACCAAACAUGGGGAUAUCGAAUGAGGUGCGCCGCGCUUCCUGUCCAGAUGCGGUCACCCCCGGUUUUGCAAGACGUCUAGCAGCCAAAAAUUUCCUUGGAGUAGUGCCCAUGUCCAGCCUCACCCAACUUGCUGGUCCGCCUAUUCCUGUUAUGCCUCUUCGGGUUGUCAAUGCUGACAAUGGCAACGAUAAUACCACCAGUAAAACCACCGAUGCAGCACUGCAGGGGCGCUACGAGGAGGCGCUUGAACGGAUUGCCGCUGCUUAUUGUGUUCCACACAGUUGCAGAAGUGAUGCUAAUCGUGACGAGGCUGAGUCAGCAACUACACGACCUAUUCUACCUGGACAGAAGACUCUCAUCCGCAUUCGCAAGAACCCUUCCCUUAGCCUGGGCAUCUCUCUCAUUGGUGGUAGUGAGACUUCUCUCGGCGUUCUCCAAGUGCACGAAAUAUUCUCUGAGGGAGCCGCUGCAUUAGAUGGCCGACUAGAGCCAGGUGAUAGACUGCUGGCGGUGAACAAUGAGUCACUCUCCAACCUACCCUAUGGAGUGGCGGUGUCAACAAUUGCGGCAGCCUUCUCGGGUCAAACACCACUACAUAGUGAAAUGGAUCUCUCCAGUAUGGUGGCGGCCGCCUCCCCCAGCCAUUAUGCUAAUGACGCCGGUUUCAUUACUCUGGUAGUGGAGAGACCAGGCGCGGGAGUACAGACGAAGUGGUACGAUCAGGAGGUUACCGCAGAUCUUCUUAAGAAGCCUGGUCGCGGCCUCGGUCUUUGCAUUGUGGAACGUUCCGGACCCACUCUUGUCACAGCCAAUGGCGUCGCCCUUUCCUCACCCGCAUCCUCCACCGCUUCUCCGUCAACACCUCUGAAUACCAUCCAGCGCUCUACAGCAGAAACUGAAAGGCCUGGUCUAGGAGUCAUUGUUUGCGAUCUAAUAAAAGGUAGUGCAGCACAAAUAGAUGGAAGAAUAAUGAUUGGAGACCAAAUUCUAGCCAUCAAUGGCAUUAACGUCGAAAACGGCUCUCAAGAAGAGGUCGCUACUUUGCUAAAGGCAAGUGAUUUUGACAUUUUUUCACAGAGACAGAUAAAUCCAAGGUGCAGAUUCCACGACCCCUUUGAAGGAAAAAAAGUCGCUCCUCGGUACCCUGAAGAGGGCUGGGGUUGUCGCAGCAAUCCUGUGCAUCGGCCUUUCUUCUCCAUCCAGACCGCGCAAGGCACUGUAUCGCUGAGGCUGGGCCGACUGAAGAAUCAACCAAUUCCGCUCAAUUCUGUUGCUGCAGCAUUUAGCGCAGAACGGUAA